UUCCCAUUUUUUUUUUUUCUCUUCUUUUUGUUUUUUAUUAUCAUAACAUGACAACUCCUCUAAAGGAACUCCUCGAGAUUAUUCUCUUACAAGAAGAAAAGUGUCAAUUUGAUUCAUUCACGUCUCAAGACGCGCUUGAUUUAGGCCUUUUGCUUAUCGAAAAUGCUAAACCAUUCAAGAGACCUGUUGUGGUUGACAUCACUUUAAAUGGACAUCAGCUCUUUCAUUAUGCCAUGCAGGGUACAAACAAAGACAAUGAUGAAUGGGUCAGACGUAAGAGUAACACGGUCAAUCGAUUCAACCAUUCCAGCUACUAUGUGGGCCGUCAUUUGGCAAAUCAAGGCAAAACCUUGGAAGAAAAAUACUUUGUGGAUGAAAAGGAUUAUGCCACUCACGGUGGUUCAUUCCCAUUGACUAUAAAGAAUGUUGGUGUCGUUGGUACAAUCACUGUAUCCGGUCUUGCUCAAGAGGAUGAUCAUAACCUGGUAGCCAAUAGCAUUCAAGAGUUUUUAGCUUUUCGAGAGAAAAAAUAAAUACACUUGUAAACAAGCAAGCAAAACAAUAGUGAAACUCUAGAGUUUAAGUUGAAAUAAAGUAACAAAAAGGGUAUGCUUCAACUUAGAGUAUAGCUUCUUCGUAAGUUCUUCUAGUGAUUGUCUCUUUGGACAAGAAUAAGUUCAUCGUCCAUGUGUAUGCAGCAAAUGUUGCAGCAUUUG